UUAACGCAGUGAAAUCACUAUCGUUUUACUCGUGUUGCCGUACCUAUUGCUUGGUUUUCAUUGUUUCUACAGAAUCAGCGGUUUGCUUGCCUUUGUGUGUUGAGCAAGCUAUGAAGGAAGAUGAGCGCGUUUGAGGUUACUUGUACACCGCCACGGCCUGUACCGAAGAAGACGAACGAAGCUCGCGAACCGACGCUUGUAAUCCUCGGACCCUUUACCCCCAAAGCUAUUGUUGUGUUUGACGGCGUACCCAUCGGGAAAACCGCCCGUCGUUUGCUUAUCGUUAGGAAUACAAAUAAGGCGGCGGUACAGGUAACCCUUGCGAAAGUUCCUCACCCGGAGUGUGGCAUCAGUUUUGAGUGGACGUCGGCGGAGGUGGAUGCGGGCACUGAAAGGUCGCUCGAAGUUGUAUGGAGCCCGCUGUUGCUGAUACAGGGCAAAGAAGUGUUAAUAAUAUCCGACAGCUUGGGUAACAAAAAGGACGUGCAAUUUAUUUUGAAAGCAAUCGAGCUGAAACCGACCAGCCGCAAAACAGUCACUAAACCGUUUGCCGUUCCCAAGAAGCUGAAACUAAAAUCACCGUCCCCACCGAAGGUUAAACUUAGUCGCAACGUUCUGCCGAAGAGAACCAAGGGUUCACCCUUGCAGCGAUCGUUGCCAGCGGGAUCACCGACGGCAAAUUCCAGAAUGGGUUCGAUAACUUCAAAAGUGUCGAACGCUGUACUUGGUGCGGGCGGCGAAGAGGACCGCCUUGAGCAGAGCGACCUAUUGGACGAGUUUUGUUUGAGUCCUGCUGAGCGUAAGAGAAUUGACAAGGAAAACAUAAAUCCAACCAGCCCCCUUUCUGGCACCGGUCAGCAAGGGGCAAGGCAGCUUCUGACGCCCAAACUAAACAGUGACAACUAUAUUUCGCAUAUCAUUAAUCAACCGACACCAGAAUGCUAUCUGAAGAUUAAGGCACGCACCAAUUCGGUCGUUUCGGAACGAAAGGAUUUAGAUGUUUCGCCGAAACUGCAUGGUAUGAAAAGUGUGCAUCAAGCAGAGGCCACAUAUCCAACGAUUAAAAUUACAGACCCGUACCUUCAGGAAAGAAUACCGUUGGCGUCAAAUGUGUUGUCGAGCAAGACUAAAAAUCAGCAGCACGAUUUAACAACCACACCACUGGAGCGUACAAAAUUUGAUCCUGGUUGCGUUUCCACCAUCACCAAGGCAACACCUUUUGAGCAGACGUAUCUGAAACCGUACACUGGCAGCCCAAUAGCAACGAUGGAGACGGAUCUGCGAGAAGAGGAUAAUUUACAACGUCAUUUGUCCUUUUCUCCAGAAAAUGUGCCACUUUCCGAACCUGAUAUCGGCAUUUCGAAGGAUACUGGUGGCGGUGACAUCCAUCGCGUACCUCCGAAAACAGGGCUAACGGAGGUGGAUGAUGGACGAAAGCUAGAGCUAAGCGGUGUUUCAGAUGGUAUUCCCAGCAGCGAAGAGGCCGUUCGUCGCGCUGAAGAUAAUGGAACAAUCAACGACAAAACCCAUCCCCUGGUACACGACACAAGUUCACAGCUAUCGAUAAUCGCCGAAGAGACGAAUCAGCCAGAGCUGGGUGUCACGUUCAAUCGUCGGCAGGCGCACCACAAUGGAUCCUCAUCGGAUGUGGCGGAGCUGGGACUCACGAUGGUGCAUCACCAAAAGACAUUCACCGUUGCGAGUGAGGAAAAUUUGCGAUCCUCAUCGGUGGAGAACAUUGUCCGGAAUGUGACGGUCACCAUAAAGGACAGCAUAUCGCUCUGUUCGAUGCCGAAUCUGCACGAAAACAGUGGCAGCAGUACGCUGGACGGUGAAGACGAAGAGGUGGGACGAAUCUUCAAGGAGCACGAGAUACGGGCUCAAUCGAGUCGGUUCAAUCUGCACGAGGUCGGGCGGUACAGUGAUGAAGUAGUACCGCGAGUGGGGACAGUAGAUGGUGGCGGUUUAAGACCGUCGGCUGGUAUGAGUUGUAAGCGCAGUCUCGACACCGUUCGCAGUGGCCCCCGAAGCUUAGACCCGGUCACACAAAGCGUCCCAUUUGAAAGCAAAAUUUCUCCCCCGAAACGUCGGUGUCGCAACGAGUCUGCUAGCCCCCGGUCAAAUGCUUCCAUUCGGAAUAAGAAGGAUGAUUCAUCGACUGUACGUUCCGCUAGAAAACCGUUUGGAUAUAAACCUUCAACGCAUAGUCGUAGCGUAACGCAGUCGGUUAAUCGUACGCUAACGCUGAAACGUCCUGCCCUACCCUCCACACUACCGGCGAAAGGAGAAGAAAAACGUAUAUUUUUGUACGAUUCCGACCGCCACCUGAAAACACUCAUCAAUCCCGAUCCAUUCGCCGCCACAACCACUACCAAUCCGUUCAUGUGCGCCUCGAUAUACCUGGAUGAGCGUGCCUUCGAGCGAUAUGAACGGCAGAUGAAAAAAUGGCUGAACGCACUCGUCACUAUACCGGCCGAUUUGGACACGGAAUCGAACAAACCGCUGGACGUGGGAAAACUGUUCGACGAGGUCAAGUGCAAGGAGCUAACGCUCGCGCCGACGAAGGAACUGAUCUCGUCGCACUACUACAAGAACCGGCUGAACAGCUUACGGAGCGCCGGAAUCUCUCUGUACAUGAGCGAAGAGUUGGCCUUGCCGCUGCGUAAGGUGGCGGCCCAGAUCGAAAAGCAACAGCUUGCGUUACGCACCGAUCGGUGUCUGCAUCUGGACUUGGUGCUACAGCGUACUGCGCUUGAACUGUUGCUAUGCUUCAACCCACUGUGGUUGCGCCUCGGGCUGGAGGUUGUGUUCGGUGAGCAGAUCGAGCUACAAUCGCACCGUGACAUUGUGGGGCUGAGUUCGUUCAUCAUCAACCGGCUGUUCCGCGAUCGGUACCUGGAGGCGCGCAACUCGAAAGCGUACAAUCUGUCCACGGCGUACGCGGAGCACAUGCGCAAGUUUACCCUGCGGAUGGUACUGUUCAUGCUGCUGUUCCUCGAUACUGCCAAGCGCCGGAAGCUGAUCAAGCACAAUCCGUGCCUGUUCGCGCGCAACGCACCGCACAAGGAAACCAGGGAGAUCCUGAUACGCUUUGCCUCGGAGCUGGUGUCCGGCAUUGGGGAUAUUACGAAGCACCUGAAGCGUGUCGGCUACACGCUCUCGCACAAGCAGUCGUUUCUGGAUGAGUUUAACUACGCCUUUGAAAAUCUCGCAGUGGAUCUGCGCGACGGCGUUCGGCUGACGCGCGUCAUGGAGAUCAUUUUGCUACGCGAAGAUUUGUCCGGCAGCUUGCGAGUGCCUCCCAUAUCGCGCCUGCAGAAACUGCACAACAUUAACCUAGCGCUCGGAGCGCUGGAGCAGGCCGAGUAUCAGAUUGCGGGCAACAUUACGGCGAAGGACAUCUGCGAUGGUCACCGGGAGCAAACGAUGUCGCUGCUCUGGCAGAUCGUGUACAAAUUCCGUGCUCCAAAGUUCAACGCGGCCGCCUCCGUACUGCAGUGCUGGUGGCGCACCCACUGGCUGAAGGUGGUCAUCGCGCGGCGCAUCGAGGAAAAGCGGCGUCUGGUGCGGGAGAGGGCGGCACGCACGAUACAGGCCGCCGUUCGGGGCUACUGCGUGCGCAUCUGGUACGUGGCCAUGCGCGAUCAGAAGCUACGGGCCGUCGUCAUUUUGCAGCGGUACACGAGGCGCUAUCUGGCGCAAAAGUUGGCCGCACGGCGCUUCAGCGCAAUCGUUCGCAUUCAGCAGUGGUGGCGUUCCGUCCGGGAGAUGCGUUUCGCGCGCGAAAACUUCCUUACAAUGCGCAGUGCGGCCACCGUGCUGCAGAUGUCCUACCGGAGGUACGCGCUGGCCAGCAAGCUGCAGGCGGCAUCUGUUGUGAUCGGGGAAAUUCGAGCCGAAGCAGUGCAUCGUCAUCGGCAGGCCAUUGUCAUCCAGCGCAGUAUAAAAUCGUACGUCAUACAUCGCCGCCUGCAGUCGAUCGUGCACGGUAUGGUCGCUUUCAUACGCCGCAAGUCGUUGCAGGCUCGGUCCGCGACGAAAAUCCAGUCCUACCAGCGCAUGCGGGUGGCACGUGGUGCGUUUUUGCGGCUACGCGAGGCCACCGUACGCAUUCAGCGUCGUUGGCGAGAAUGUUUGGAAGCGAGACGUGCACGAGCCCACUUCGUGCGCAUGCAAAACAGCGCCAUACUGGUGCAGCGAUAUUUCCGGGGCUACCUACGAAUGCGUCAGGAUCGAGAGCGGUUCCAAAAGACGCGCAAUUUGAUGGUACAGCUCCAGCGCCGUCGACGGGCGACGAUUGCAAUGCGUACCGAACGGAACGCCUUCGAGAGGCUUCGUAAAGCGGCCGUUUGCAUACAGCUGCGGUACCGUGCCCGGAAACUGAUGCAGAUCGAAAGCCGGAGGUACGAGACGCUGCGUCACGCUGCAUUCACCAUCCAACGGCGUCACAGGGCCAACAAGGCGAUGGUAGAGCAGCGCACCCAAUAUGACACCCUGCGGGUUGCCACUCUUUGCAUUCAGAGGCGAUUCCGAGCGCAACUGAGUAUGCGUGCAGCCCGUGAGUCGUAUGUCGGUCUGCGUCGGGCGGCGAUUACCAUACAGGUGCGCUACCGGGCAACGAUGCUGAUGCGUGUCGAGAGAAAUGGCUUCAUUUUACUUCGCCGCUGCACGGUGGCGAUCCAGUGCCGAUUCCGUGCCAUCGUGGUGGGUCGAUUAGAAAGGCUGAAGUAUGGUAAACUGCGAGCGGCGGCCAUCCACAUCCAGCGUAAAUGGCGUGCCACGUUGGAAAUGAGAGCGGUGCGGAAGGGCUAUCUACGGGAGCGUGCGGCGGCCACUACGCUUCAACGUGCGUGGAGUGCGGUUCGAUUGAAACGCAAAAUGCGUGGAGAUUACCUGCGCUAUCGUCAUGCCGCAACCGUGUUGCAACGGCGCUACCGUGCCCUGAUACAGGGGCGCGGGGUUCGUAAAGAAUUGACCCGUCGGCGCAAUGCUGCCACGGUCAUCCAGAGGAAACUGCGAGCCACACUGCAGAUGCGGGUCGAGCGGCAGAAAUUCCUUCAACUUUGCCAAACGGUGCUGACUGUGCAGCGUAGGCUUCGUGCGAAUCGCGCCACCAAGGUGCAGCGGACACACUAUGAUGCCCUAAAACGUAGUGUAGAGGUCCUCUCGGACCGGUGGCAAGCUAUGCUAGCUAUGCGACGAACACGGGACGACUACAUACGAUUGAAAAGGGCGGCAAUUGUAAUGCAGCGGCGUUUCAGGGCACAAAGAGCUAUGAAACAGGAGAGACAAACGUACGCGUGCACCCGGGCUGCCGUUUUGUUAAUCCAGCGCAAGUAUCGAGCGCACCGAGAAAUGGAAAAAUGUCGCGGGCAGUUCCUGAACCUCAAGAGUGCCUCAAUUGUAGUGCAGGAGUUUUACCGUGGCUACCGACAGAUGAAGAAAGAGCGAGCAACAUUCGAGCGGUUGCGUGAGGCAACGAUCGCGGUUCAGAGGCGAUUCCGUGGAAAACUCCUCAUGAAACGGCAGAUGGCGGAGUAUGGCAGGAAAAAGGAUGCAGCAGUUACUAUCCAACGCUGGUUCCGUGGCCACCGUGCGAUGGUCCUGGAACGGAAGCGGUUGAUCGCACUCCGACAGGCAGCAAUAGUAUUUCAACGGCGCUAUCGUACCCGUGCUGCAAUGUUGCAGGAGAAGAGACAAUUUGUACUGGUCCGGGGAGCGACGGUCACGAUUCAGCUGCGCUGGAAGGCAAUAAUCGUCAUGCGCAGGCAGCGUGCGGUGUACCGGCUUACGAUCAACGCCAUCCGGACAAUUCAAACACACUACCGGGCGUACAAGCAACGUCUAGUCGAUGAAGCAAACUAUCGACUGUAUCGAUCCGCCGUCAUCGUUGUCCAGCGGAGAUAUCGGGCCAAGCUCGAGGCACGCACCGAACGAGCCCGUUUCGAGCAGAUUCGACGCACCGUACGGGGGUUGCAGCGACGCGGCCGUGGUUUGCUUGCCCGCCGUGCCUUCCGUGCGAUGCUAACGCCGGAAUACAUUCUGCGUCGGCAGCGCGAAAAGGCUGCUCUGCGUAUACAGGCCUGGUGGCGUGGAACCCAUCACCGGAGGCGGUUCCAGACGGCCACGAUGCGCAAGAUCGCCAGCCAGAUGGUGGUGAGUCGUCGCGAAGGCCAGCGUGAUCCGUCCAUUCGGCUGAGUAACGUGGCACGCCUGUGCAUGCGCUUCCUGAACACGCGCUUCAGCUCGACGGAGGCGAUCGGCAUUCUGCAGCGGCUAGAACGAAUGUCCCGCCUGGUGCCGCACUUGCUCAUGGACGAUGCCGUCUUUUUGGCGGUGUUUUGCUACAACACGAUGGCACAGGCGAUCCGGUCCGAGCUGGAUAAGAUACUGAUUGAGAUCUGUGCCCGGAUCAUACUCAAUUUGGCGCGCUUCAAAGGCACUAAGGAGCAAGCUUUUCAGGAAAACGGUCUCGUGACAGUCUCGCAGAUGUUGCUCCGCUGGUGUGACAAAGAUUGUGGCAUAUUCAGCACCCUCUGCACGUUGCUCUGGGUGUUGGCGCACGAUGUUCAAAAGAAAAAUGCAAUUCGUCGGUAUAUGAUUUCAAAGGACGCCAUAUAUAUGCUGCGUGAAACGAAAAAGCUGGUCCAGCGAAAGGAAAAGAUGCGUAAGAACGUGCAGCGGCCGGUCGGCUGUCUGGUGGCCCCGAACCCGCAGCUGAUGCGAACCGUUCCCGCGCUGGAGGCCGAUUUCGGUGUCAAUCGGAGCAAACCGUACGUCUUCUAUUCGUCGGUGUUUGGGUUCGAGCGGGUGUUGCACAUGUUGGACGUGAAUCUUUCGUGAUUGCCAUAUGUAUGAUCUUUUCUAUUUAACUCCACGACCAUAUCCAACUGGCGAUGUUUAUGUUCGUUUGUUUGUUUGUUGGUUAAUCACAUGGUUGUUGUAACUAGGAAAAUUAACGUUUCGCUGACGUCGGAUAAAUGUUCCAUUUUUUAGGGCUUGUUUUUCGUAUCCUUAUUUUUUUAAUUUGAAUAUUGCAUAUAUUUAAGUUUUGAACCAUAUCAUGUUGGUGGACAGCAAGUAUGUUUUCACCUUUUUAUACAUACUCAAGUACAAUAAAUUAAACAAUGACUCAACAGA